UAUUAUAGAGAUUCACGCGUAGCCAAGCCGCUGUCGCACGCGAGAGAAUAUGACAUGACUGUUAUUGACAUUUUUAAAGCGCUCGCGCUGCACAUGCGCCUUAAUAUAAGGCACCUGGAGGGGCUCGCGCUGAUUAGACCCCCAGUAAAGAGGCGUUCAAGAGCGGCUGAGGACAGCUGUGAAUGAAUAACAAAGUGUACCAAAACUGACCUACACGCUCACUCAUACUUAGCCCAAAUGCGGUCUUCGAGUGCGGGAUAUGACUUACAGCCUAUGUUUAGACGGAACUAUCUGACAUUACCCGAACGAGAAACUCGUAACGAGAAUGAUAUUGUGAAAGCUCUUGAAGUGCAAACGCCGAGUCGCCUGUAGCUCGCGAUGCGCCUCAGGUAACUGCAUGUCGCGCUUUAGCCAAGCACAGUGUGUUGGAUUUACAUGGUCCAGGUUUGACACAUUUGCUCUGCUCAACCGAGUAUCGGCGCUAAGCCCCGUGAUUUCACCUCGUCCUUGAGAGACCAGCGCAGAUCAACCCAAAUAAAACAUCCCGACCCUGUUCACCUCUCCCGGAGACACGUGGACGAAGCCGUACACAGCAUUAGGGACCGAAGAGCCGCAGCCUCUAUAGAGGGACUCAGACAGGGUGGGAGGAGAUCCCAGCAGGGUUCAGCUGCUCACCAAUGGGUUUGUGGUCUGAAGACGAGCAGCACUCAUCUCUUUCACCACCUUUGUAGAAGCAGACACAAGGACAAAACUCUUUCACCACAAGGAGCCUCAACUUACCGACUGUUGCAGAGUGAUCCUGCCACACAUUCACACUCUCUACAGGAGGAAUGAAGACAGGUGAAGCUGAAGACAGGAUGUCUUCCAAGCGACCAGCCUCUCCAUAUGGGGGAACAGAUGGAGAGGUAGUCAUGGCGACGAGCAGACAGCGAUUGGAGGAUGAAGAGGUUGACGGACAUGCUGUCAUUCACUUGCCCCUGAGUACGUACUGCAGCAAAGUGUCCCCGCGAUCUCCACGACUGCUCGACAGCCCCCCAACACUACACGCAAACAUGGAUCAGGAAGGCAGUAAAGGCCUGGCCCUAAGCCCCUACCCCCAGCACAACUCGUCUACCUCACCCAGUAAACAGCAGCAGCAGGAGGAGGGGUCCAUGCGGCCAGGGAGCGAGCCCAGCUCCGCUUCAGCUCUGGGCACCCCGGAGAGACGCAAAGGCAGCCUGGCCGACGUGGUCGACACGCUCAAACAGCGCAAGAUGGAGGAACUCAUCAAGAACGAGCCAGAGGAGGCCCCCAGUAUUGAAAGGCUGUUGUCUAAGGACUGGAAGGACAAGCUAUUGGCCAUGGGUUCUGGCAACUUUGGAGAGAUCAAAGGCACCCAGGACAGCCUGGUGGAGAAAGAGCGCCAGCUGAUGGGGAUGAUCACGCAACUCAGCAGUCUCAGAGAGCAGCUACUGGCCGCCCAUGAGGAGCAGAAAAAACUGGCCGCUUCGCAGAUCGAAAAACAGCGCCAACAAAUGGAGUUAGCGAAACAGCAACAGGACCAGAUUGCACGACAACAGCAGCAACUUCUGCAGCAACAACACAAAAUCAACCUCCUGCAGCAACAGAUCCAGCAGGUCCAGGGUCAGUUGCCUCCACUGAUGAUACCUGUGUUCCCUCCAGAUCAGAGAACUCUGGCGGCCGCUGCAGCACAACAAGGAUUUCUACUUCCUCCAGGGUUCAACUACAAACCUGGCUGCAGUGACCCUUACUCUUUACAGCUAAUCCCUGCGGCGACGCCUGGCCUCGGCCCUCUUCAACUGCAGCAGUUGUAUGCAGCUCAGCUAGCUGCCAUGCAGGUGUCUCCGGGGGCCAAACACAGCACAGUGCCUCAGGCCAACCUGGCAACCGGAACACUCUCGCCCACCAGCGGCCAGAGCGAGAAAAACAGAAGCACCCCGCCACCAAAGCCCAAGGACGAGGGCGCUCAGCCCUUGAAUCUGUCGUCCAAGCCUAAGGCAUCCGAGAGCAAGUCACCCACCUCCCCCACUUCCCCACAGGUCCCUGCCCUGAAGCUGGGCCCCGGGUCCCUGAAGCACAGCGCCCCCUCCAGCAUUGGAGGACCGCCGUCCAGACUCAGCUCCAUAGACCUGCUGUCAUCCAUCACUUCCGGCGGCUACCUGAACGACCAUGAGGCCGUGACCAAAGCUUUCCAGGAGGCUCGACAGAUGAAGGAGCAGCUAAAGAGAGAACAGCAGGUUUUGGACGCCAAAGUAGCGGCAGUCAACAGCCUGAGCCUCAACAACGGUCGAUCAGAAAAGGAUAAAGCCGCUCUUGAAAGCCUGAGCCAACAGUUAAAACAGUCUGAAGAGAGCAAGUUUACUCACGCAAUGAUGGACUUUGGUAUCAGUGGCGAUUCAGAUGGAAGCCCGAGUGUGUCAGACUCCCGGAUCUUUCGAGAUUCUCGAGGGCGUGGCAGCAGCGAACCACACAUCAAGCGGCCCAUGAACGCCUUUAUGGUCUGGGCUAAAGACGAGAGGAGGAAGAUCCUUCAGGCCUUCCCUGACAUGCAUAACUCAAACAUCAGCAAGAUCCUCGGUUCUCGUUGGAAGUCCAUGACAAACCUGGAAAAGCAGCCAUACUAUGAAGAACAGGCCCGUCUUAGUAAGCAACACCUAGAGAAAUAUCCAGACUACAAAUACAAACCACGGCCCAAACGCACAUGCCUAGUGGACGGAAAGAAAUUGCGCAUUGGUGAAUAUAAGGCCAUCAUGCGCAACCGCAGACAGGAAAUACGCCAGUACUUCACCGUAGGGCAGCAGGCCCAGUUGCCCUUGUCCUCAGCAGGCGUUGUGUACUCAGGCGCGCUCUCUAUGGCAGGAAUGCCCUCUCCACAGAUGCCCUCUGAGCACUCGAGCAUGUCUAGUAGCCCCGAACCAGUCCCACCCAUCAGCCAUGCCUCUUACCUCACACACAAGGGGGAGGAGCCUCGUGUGAAGGAGGAGCUCCGAAUGAAUGACGGCAAUGGUGACGCCUACGAUGACUUCGACUACGAAGACGACGAUGGGGACUAUGGCAGUGACAGCGAGAAUCACAUUACUCAGUAAACCUGCCAAUCACAGCCAUCUCACCAGUCACCUGGCAUCUCACGCAAGCAAACUUCAUACUGCCCCCAUACACCGUCCAGUCAGGACUCUUCCAGAGCCAAGCCCAAUAUCCACAGCAAAGCACAGGACCUGUCAAUCAAAAUGACUGUUACAUCAAAAGGAGAGUCUUGUAAAGGAAGUGUAACACUUGCCUUGACUCCCGCUGAUUGAACGUACCACGGCAAGUUCACAUUGAAUCAUGAGUAAGCUACGACGACAUAGGAAAAAUGACCCUUAACUGGUUUGUUAUUGAGACAUUUAUUACUAAGGACCUGUCAGUCGACCCGUCAUAGACACUUUAAAACGGUGGACCUGUUUGUUUCUAAAGAGACACUUUUAAACAGGUUUUUUCUUGGUUCUAUAAUAUUCUCACUCAGGUACACAGUGCCAACAAGUGGCUUGUGAAUGUGAUUUUGUUGUUUUUGUGCUACAGUUUUAAGACGUUUAUUUUCCUCUUCACCCUAAAGCACGUGACAGGAGUAAAACGAAAAACAUUUCUUAUUUUUUUUCUCCUCAGUGUGCUAUUAGCUGUAUCUCUAUAUCAUCUUCACGCUCAUGUCCUCUCACUCAAAGAUGUCUUUUCUGUUGGACGAAUGGAUGGAAGGGAAGAUUCGCGUCCCUUCACUCAGGAGUUCGGACAACGCUGGAUGACAGACAAUCCCUCCUUUCUCACAUCUUUUCCUCUUGACACGCUUUUACUGUUCCUUUCUCCUCCUCUUCUGUGGGAGCUUUGGAUGUUGACGUCUCUCUCAGGUGUGGAGACCAACUUUACGAGAUAGCACAAACUUUGUGUUUGGUGAACAGCUGACAUGGCGAUGGUUAUCGUGGAGAGUGAAGCCUCGAGCAGAAUUAUUGUACGAGUGCACAUUUCUUUAUGUUUGAGUGUGUGGAUGAAUGCGCCUUUUGAUAGGCUUUAAGUUAAUUUUUAUUACAUGUAGACGGUUGAUGUGCUGGUCAUGUGAACAUUUACGAAAGAAAAAACAUUAAUAUUCAAUACGUACGAUUCAUGCUAGCAGCCAGAUCCGUGCAGAAGCAAGCCAAACAUUUUUAAUAACAACACUGCAUUUAUCAUCCCUUUUUAUGCAUAUUUUUCAUCCGAUCAUUUGUUUGUUUGUCUUUUUCUGAAUUUUUCCUUUUUUAUCCUUGAGUUUUUUCCCGUCAUUCUCAUUGUCUCCCUGAACAACCUGUUUUUGUCAUCGCUGGGUGCAGGGAACAUUGUGGAGACACGGAGAGAAUAGCUCUCUAAAGAAGAGUCUGUGCUUGAAUGGUGUAUUGAAGGAGGAGAAAAGUUCCCACAAGCCCCAGUGCUCAGCACUCUGUUUUCAAAGGACAGCUUUGAGAGAAACCAGGAAUCUCCGUACAAGACAAGCACGAGUGUGCGUUUCAAUCAGUGCCCCUAUAUAUAUAUAUCUCACAUCUCUACUCCUCCACAGGGGUUUGUGUUCUGUCUCUUGCUGUCUUUAUUUCCCACACUUUUUUCCAUCUAUCACUGGGUUUAUCAGCGCAGAGGAGUCUCUGAGCCAUGCCAUCAGUCAUUCGCUCUCUGUGUGGCUCUGACUGACCCACUCCAUCUUACUGCACCUGUCUGGCUGCUGUUGGCAUGGCGACGGUGUUUGAUUGACAGCUGCCCUAACUGUAACUACUCUGCCAGCCUCUCUCUGGGCCUGGUGUGGGCAUAAGCGGGGCAGCUGGAUGAGAGAGACACACAAGCUGUUAGGUGAACAGCAGCCAGUCUCCAGUCAUUAAUAUGUGUUUUUUCCCCUUUACAUCUACCCAAAGGCCGUCCACUCACAACACAUAUCAAAUUCUAUAUUCAGAAUGCAAACAUAUAACUAAAAGCAUAUUUGAAUUUUCUGGCCUACUUGAGAUUUUUUCUGAUGAUAAAUGUUAAAGGUACUCUGACGCCUGUAGCGCUAGCAAAGUGAUGACCAAACGCGUUUUGCGUGUUCGUCUUUGUCUAGUUUAUUUGGUUCGAUGAGGUCCUGUCCCGUCUUAUGUUUGUAUUUGUGUUUUGCCUCCAUGUCAACGUCACUCUGCUGUUGAGGUUGGGAGGAGCCGUUUCAGACUCUGCAUGUUAAUGUUUUAGUUUGUAUUUGCAAAUACUGUAUUUUUUUUUCAUUAAAACUGCCUCUAGUGUAAUAAUAUUAUUAACAAUAAUUAUAAGAAUAGGCAGCACUUCCUAAGUUUAGUAAGUUAUGUACAGUAUAAUUUAUUAUUUUCCUCCAGUUGGAUUUUUUUUUUUAAUGAUCAUAUGGAAACUGCGCUUGAUAAAGCAUUAUAUUUAGCUGGUUAGGUAUUUAGAUCUAAUUAUUAUGUUCAAUAUUCUUUUUUUAUUAUUAUUAUUAUUUCCUGUUUUUUUUUUUAAUUAAUCCUGUUCUGACGCUGGUAUAUAAAGUGGUCAUGGUGAACUGCUGAUAUGAAGGAAAAGAGACAUUUCUCUUUUUUUAUUUUCUUUUUCUCCUCUGUGCAUCUUUCAUGAACUCCAAACACAUUUCUUAAAGCACUAGGACUCUGGACAUUCGGAGACAAAAAUAAGAAGAACAUGAUAUUUUUAUUUGUAAUGGUUUAUGUAUAAUGUGAAGUUUCCUAUCUGUUAAUUCUCCUUUUCUUUUACUGAAUAUAAAGAAAACAGCUAUAUUAUACCCCAACUGUUACUGAACAGAAAGAGCGUGGAUCUUGUUUACUGAUAUUUGUCAUCCUCUCUCUUACGUUUCAUUGGAACAUCACUGGUUUAGACGAAUGCAUUGGUUUGACUAUUGUGUCAAAUUAAAGUACAGUUAUAGUGCACAACACCUAAACCUUAAGAGGAUAGUUCACCCCAAAAAUGAAACUGACAAAACCUAUAUGACUUACUUUCUUCUGUAGAACACAAAUGAAGACAUUUCACAGAUGGUCCAAGCUGCUCUGUUUACAAAAAUAAGAGUGGAUGGGGACCAGGGCUUCUGAAAAUGAAAAUAAAAAUGCAUCAUAAAAGAGAUUCAUUCAGCUGUGCUAUAUUCCUAAGUCCUCUGAAGCCAUAUAAUAGCUUUGUGAGGGAAACAGACUAAAAUGUAGGUCGUUAUUCACUGAAAAUCAUGCUUGAGCACUAUGGUCACCAUUCGCUUUCAUUAUGUGCAAAAGAGCAGCGUGGAUAUUCUGCAAAACGUCUUCUGUGCUUCACAGAAGAAAAAAGUGAAACGGGUUUUGAAAGCUAGCGGCUGGUAAACAAUUCCUUUUAAUCAGAAGACAUGAACUUUCUGAAAUGAUGAAACUGUCUGACUCCAGUGAAGCUCCACUGAAUGGCCAUAUUAGAUGUUUUUGUCUCCAGGAUUGUUUUAGCUCCACACACUGUUUCCCUCUCAAUCAAGCUCACAGUAGUGACAUCACAAUCACAGAAUAGCCACCAUCUGAUGUGACCAUGCUUUCACAUGUAGUAAUACCCACAAUCAUAUAAUUUGAUAGGGACACGUAUGCUGGAGGAAGGACUGGCUCAUUUAACAUACAAGGUCACGUUCUGUCAACUUAUUAUCUUUCGGCAUGGUAACCUCAUGGUCUUUAGAACACAUACUCUGAUGAUGAUGAUGGCCUAUAUUAUGAACAAUAAAUGAUAAGACAAUCAAAGUCAUGUGUGGAGCUCAAAACAAUGUUAAAUGACAUCAAACAAAAAAGUACUUAGAAACUUAUCUUACCAUCUCAACUUGAAAAUCAAGAAAGAUAAUUAUGUAAAUAUAGCAUAGAGUUAUAGAUUUAUAUUUUGUUCAUAACACAGUGUAAUAUAAGUUGUAUAUUUCUUUCUCUCUUUUAUUGAUGUUAUUCAUGCCACAAUAAAAGCAAGAGUUACUGUACUCUUAUGGAAAAAAAAAAGAAGAAAAAAAAAAGCAAGCUGUGGGUUACCACCAUCUGUUCUAAGUUGACGUUUUUCAGUAUUACUGCCAGUCAAGGCUCAAAUAAAAACAGCAACGUGUUCUGUA